UGCAAAACUGCGGAGUGCAAACAUAGGUCGUUCGUUAGGUUUUCUUCUUCCAUUACAAAGUACAAGCUGUCUGCAGCAGAGACAUCCACAUAACUCUCUCCACCGUGGAAGCACGAUUUCUUCCUUCCUCAAAUUUCAAAGAAUACAAUGGCUCACAGGCGUUGCCUCUUAAUAAGAGGGAACCUCAUGAAUCGGAAGUGUCACCCAUCUUUUAGUUAUGUUCUCCACAGUGAUGACUGGAGACGUGAAUGCCCUGAUGAAAAGUCACCUUCAGAAGGCAUUAGUAAUUCUAACCAAAGAAGGAUGUUUGGGAACUCAGUUGAUGGAUCAAUCUGGUUUGUUGCCUAUUCUGGACAUAGAAUGCAAUCAAACAGAUUCCUUUCAGCGUACUCUGGAUAUAAUUUCUGUCGACAUAUGUCAACAGUUAAUCAGGGUUCUGAUAAGAUUGACAUAAUGACUGACAUAGCAGAUGUUCUCAAAGACACAACUGUGGAAGCUGUAACUUCUCAGGCUCCCAUUGUCAAAGAAGUUGCAAUUGCUGCUGCUGAUUCUUUUUUACCUGUGAAGGCCUUGCAGUAUAUUAUAGAUGCUGUGCAUUCCUACACUGGAUUAAACUGGUGGGCAGCCAUAGUUCUAACAACUCUCUUCAUUCGGAGUGCAACAGUUCCACUCAUAAUAAAUCAACUUAAGGCCACUUCUAAGCUUACACUAAUGAGGCCGCACAUGGAAAAGAUAAAGCAAGAGAUUGAAGAUAAGGCUAUGGAUCCCGUAGCUGUUGCUGAAGGUCAGAAAAAAAUGAAGAAUCUGUUUAAGGAAUAUGGUACGAGUCCAUUUACUCCAUUGAAGGGACUCUUUAUUCAAGGUCCGGUCUUUAUCAGUUUUUUCCUUGCGAUAAGAAACAUGGCUGAAAAGAUGCCAUCUUUCAAGCAUGGGGGAGCCUACUGGUUUGUUGAUCUCACAACUCCAGAUGCCUUGUACGUUUUGCCAGUUCUUACUGGAUUGUCAUUCUUAAUAACAGUAGAGUGCAAUAUGCAAGAAGGCUUGGAGGGAAAUCCUGUUGCUGGAACCAUGAAAAAAUUCUCUAGGGGUCUUGCAGUUCUUACAGUUCCUUUCACCAUGGGAUUUCCAAAGGCUAUAUUUUGUUACUGGAUUACAUCAAAUUUGUUUUCACUUGUGUAUGGACUUGUCCUUAAAGCUCCUGGUGUAAAGGAAGCUUUGGGCAUUCCUAAACUACCCGAUGCAGCACCCACCAGUGCUCCACAAUCCCCCUUUUCUCUGUUUCCAGCACUGAAAAAAGCUAAAUCAGCAACCAAUGGACCAACCUCAUUGCCAGUUGAACCAUCAAAACAUCCAAAGAAAAACACAUCUUCUCCUGAUGCCAGUCAAAGGCAUAAAAAGACAUCUUCUCCUGAUGUCAGUCAAAGGCUUAAACGUUUAGAGAAACAAGUGAAAGGAAGAAAGAAAAACAAGAACUGAGGAAAAGUUGAAUUGUUCCUAGCUACAUCAUCUACUAUCUAAUAUAUCGAUGUACUAAAAUUUUGUUAUCAUUUAUUUCAGGGAGUCUGUUAGAAUCUGAAUGCUAGAAUUAGAAUCAAUUUUUUUGGGAAUUAUUUCUGAUUUUAAUUCUAAGGAUUUGUUGCUAAUACAUAGCAUGAUUUGUUCCCAAAAUAAACAGAUCUGUCUGAUGUAACUCAUUCCACAUUCUUUGUAGUUUCCCCUUCUAGUUACCGAUUCUCAGGGAUUGUUAAAUUCCCAUUGUAGGGUAUUCAAAUGUGUAAUGAUCCUAUCGGAAAUAACGAAGAUCAUUGUAUUUUCUUCCUGUUAUUCCAAAGCUGCCAUGGUUGGUUUA